AGUUUUACAACUGACGUUGUGGAGAGCGCAUCGCGGCCCGUCUCGCUGGCACCUCGCUGCAGCAGGUCCCGGAUUUUUUCCUUUUUUUGUUGCCAUCAAAAGGAGCCUGCGGAGAGCACGGCGCGAGUCUCGGGAUCCUCCUGUAUGCGCUGCAGCUACUCGCGUCCGCGGUUUUAACCAUCAGUGAUUGACGUUUUAAUUUUUACCAUACACACACAUACACAAAGUGCAAGUACAAGAAAAAUAACAAGUGCGUGUCGCGGUCGCGCGCCACCCUCUCAACGCUCCUUUAUACGCCCGCAGUGAUGAUCGCGACCGUUGCGUCCUGAAGUGGUGUUUGUUUAUUUUUACCUCUUUCGCGGCUGUUGCUGUUGUUGUUGUUGCUGUUGUUUUAUCGGCGUGUAUAUAUAUAUAUAUAUAUAUAUACACACACACACACACAUACCCAUAUAGUUGAUGAGGGAGAGCCGAGUUGAGAGUUAUCGGGAGGGAGAGCUGGAGGAGGUAUCGCGCGUACGAGCGGCGGAACUGCGCCAGUGAAAUGGUGGAUAAAUUUCGGUUCUUUAUUCUUUGAUCCCUCGAGUGCGCGGCGAGAGCGGCUACUCGCGCGAGUCGUGAAACUGCUAAAUAUUGUUUUUUCGUUUUUAAACUUCGUGUCGGUAAACCGGUGUCGUUCGGUUGAGUUUAUAAAAGGAAUUGUAAACGAGCAGCAGCAGCAGCGGCGACGGCAGAUUGAAUUUGUGAGAAACAGUGUGAGUGAUACGAGAAGUACUGGCUGAAUUAGUUUACCAAAAUGUACUUGGUGCCUGCACUCUUCUUCGCUGAGCUCGUAUAGUUGGAGCUUCGAAAAUCGUCAUGGAGUCCCGCAAGGGCCGGUGGAAGGCUCUCCAGCUGAUCUUGGCGUGGUUCUACAUUAGCGGCUGCUCGACAGUCCUCGCCAGGAACGUAGAGAGGUACGACACGGCGUACGAGUGCGAGGGCAAGACGCUCAGGAUAGAGUGUCGCGAGGGCGAGCUCAUCCACCUGAUCCGCGCCAACUACGGCAGGUUCUCCAUAACGAUAUGCAACGAGCACGGCAACACCGACUGGAGCGUCAACUGCAUGUCGCCCAAAUCCUUCCGCGUGCUCUACAGCAAGUGCAACGGUAGGCGCUCGUGCGAGCUGGACGUGCGCAGCGAGAAUUUCGUCGAAGACCCUUGCCCCGGUACCAGCAAGUACAUCGAGGCCCAGUAUGACUGUCUAGCAUCAACGACGACGACGACGACGCGGCCGAGUCCGCCAUGGCUGCUGACAUCGGUCAGGAGUACGGGUCCUCUGGCCACGCAAGCAACGACCGCAUCUAGCGUCAGCGGCAACGGCCGGUCUCCCUCGAGGAUAACGACGCCAGCGCGAGCGCAGCCAGCUCAGUCGGCGAGCAGUGCCUCCUCCACCGUGGCUCCCUCGGCGAGCAGCGCCCCAAGCAGGCCGUCAUCGACGAGGCCCUGGACCGACGACGAGUCGAUCGAGGACGAGGAGGACGAGGACGAGGAGGAGGUCGUGGCGCCGCCGCCAGAUGACGCGAUCAGGCCCCUCGAGCCGGCAGCGACGCAGGAGCCGACUCAGCAGCCGCCUUUCACCUCCUCGACUCUGCCGCCCUGGAAAACUAAUCGCAGAACGCCGACAGGGAACGUCUACAAUGGAAACUCGGGCCAGCACCAUCACGGGCCGUUCUGCAGUGCGCCGGGGGUCGUGCGCAAGCUCAGCUGGCACGAGACCCGGGUCAACAAUACGGCCGAGCAGAGCUGUCCGGAAGGAACGACCGGCAUGGCUUACUGGCGCUGCCUGCCCGGCCGGCACGACGACGAGCCGGGCGUCUGGGAGCGAAAGACGCCCGACCUCAAGGACUGCCGCAGCGUCUGGCUGACCUCGCUCGCGAGAAGCGUCCAGGAGGGCGAGCUCAUCCUGAAGGUGAGCAGCGACCUCAGCCAGGUGACCAGCAACAGCAGCAACCUCUACGGCGGGGACAUGCUCAUCACCACGCAGAUCAUCCGCAACAUGACCGACAAGAUGGCCAAGGACAUCAGCGCCUACCAGGACCCGCGGCAGAAGGUCGUCAGCGUGGAGGAGCUUCUCCAGGGAGCCGUCACUACCAGCAGUAAUCUGCUCGACCAGUCCGAGUCGUGGAACGACCUGAAUCACACCGACCAGAGGAUAGUGGCGAGCUCGCUGCUCCAGGGUCUCGAGGAGAACGCCUUUCUCCUCGCCGACACGCUCACCUAUGAGAAGAGGACCAACUACAGUCGCAUCAACAACAUCCUGAUGGAGGUGUGGGUGCUGGAUGUGCGGAGCCUCGAGAACGAAGUCGUGGUCUUUCCGAGCGAGCAGCACCGCAAGGACAAAUGGGCAGGGCUGAGCGUCGAGCUGGCGUCCUCCCUCCUGGGAAAGGUGAGCAGCAAGGACGGCUUCGUCAGGCUCGUCUUUAUGGCCUUCGACAGGCUCGAGAAGAUCCUCAAGCCCCAGAGCAACGACGACUUCCCCGGCCAGCAGCUUUCCAUCAACGAGCAACGCGAGCCUGCCGAGUCUUCCUCCUCAUCCUCUUCCGCAGCGGCCCAGCAGCUCGAGCAGAAGCAGAAGCAGCGCGCCAACACCUCCAGCAUAUUAAACAGCAAAGUGAUUUCGGCCUCCCUCAGCGGGGGCCGGCACAUCAAGCUGCCCGAGGGCGAGUUCGUCAAGCUCCAUUUGAAGCACCUCGAGAAAUCAUCCAACUACACCAACCCGCGCUGCGUCUUCUGGAACUUUACCGCCAACGAUUGGUCGGAGGAAGGCUGCAUCAAACGCCAGAGCAACGCUACGCACACGGUCUGCGAGUGCAAUCACCUCACCAACUUUGCCAUCCUCAUGGACUGGAAUGACGCGACGAGCACGCUCUCCGCUGCCCAUCAGAUGACACUUCACAUAAUCACCUACAUUGGCUGUAUAAUAUCGGUCGUCUGCCUGUUUCUCGCCAUCAUCACCUUCCAAUUGUUCCGUGGUCUCAAGUCGGACAGGACAACGAUUCAUAAAAAUCUCUGCAUCUGCCUCUUCAUCGCCGAGGUCGUCUUCAUCUGCGGAAUCGAACAGACGUGGUCGAAGACGCUGUGCGGCAUCGUUGCGGGUCUGCUGCACUUCUUCUUUUUGUGCGCCUUCGCCUGGAUGUUCCUCGAAGGUUUUCAGCUGUACGUCAUGCUGAUUGAGGUAUUCGAAGCUGAGAAGUCGAGGCUCCGCUGGUAUUACCUCGUAGCUUAUGGCGCGCCGCUACUCGUCGUUGGAAUCUCCUGUGUAAUUGAUAGCAGUGGUUACGGUACGGACGACUACUGCUGGCUCAGCGCGGACAAUUACUUCAUAUUCAGCUUUGUGGGACCAGUCAUUCUCGUCAUACUGGCCAACCUAGUGUUCCUAUCCAUGGCGAUCUACAUGAUGUGCAGGCACGCCAACACGACCGUCUCCAUGAAGAGCAAGGAACACUCGCGGCUGGCGAGCGCAAGGGCCUGGUUGAGGGGAGCGAUAGUCCUGGUCUUCCUGCUGGGGCUCACCUGGACGUUCGGGCUGCUGUACUUGAACAAGAAAUCCGUGAUCAUGGCGUACAUCUUCACUGUGCUCAACAGUCUGCAGGGACUAUUUAUUUUUGUGUUUCACUGCGUGCAAAAUGAAAAGGUCCGCAAGGAGUACCGCAAGUUCAUCAGGCGUCACUCGUGGCUGCCCAAGUGCCUGAGGUGCUCGAAGGGCAGUUCCGGCGGCGGCUCGGGAGGCUCCGGAGCAGGAGGCACCGGGGCGAACGGCAGCCACGGCAACUCGCACGGCGGUGGCGCCGGCAAGGACUUCGCCUCGCACAAUACCUCGUCGAAUCCCUCGGCCCCGACGACCGACAGCUCCGGAUUGUCGCCGCACGCCAACAGCAAUAACAUUUCUUUUAAGUCGCAGUCCCGCGACUCGGGCCACGGCGGCUCGGAGCAGGAGGACAGCCCGCGGGUGCUCGGCGGCCAGCCGGGCUACGGACACAGCGCGAUGACGCUCCAGGGCUACUCGCUGAGGGCGCGCGAGCGCCGGCUGCUCGGCGAGCUCGAGGUCGGCUCGCGAGCCACCACCGGCCGGCGCGCCGCCUCGCCCUACAACCACACCUACACCGAGAUCCGCGACGCCCGACACCAGCAGCACUACGCCCAGCAGCACGGAUACGGGCUCUCGCAGCACAUGCAAGACGACCCCGUCUACGAGGAGAUCGAGCGCGCCCAGGGCGUCCUCGGUAUCGGCGGCGGCUGUCCCGAGGCGGCCCAGGCGGCCUCCGACAUGAGCGACGAGGACGGCCGCCGGCAGAGCGACAUGUCGCGCCAGUCGUCGCGCAGCUACGGCGACCACCGGCCCCUCAUACCCUACUCGCCGGCGGCCGAGCGCAGCCUCGAGGCCGCCUGGGCCCUCGAGAAGCUGCGUCGGCAGCACCAAGCCUCCUCCAGGCCGGAGCUCGAGCAGCAGCAGCAGCAGCUGAGGCCGCAGGCGCAGCUCCAGCACCAACACCAACAGCUGCAGCAGCAGCAGCAGGACCACACACGGACGGUUGCGGUCCUCGACGGCCACACGGUCGUCUGCCACCUGCAGCCCCAGGCCGAGCUGUACGCGGCUCGCGGACUCGCGCCCCCGUCCUACAGCGAGUGCUAGAGACACUGUGAUGACGACGACGCUGAGCUGCGCGCCCGGAUAGACAUAUCGCCCCCCCCCCCUCCACUACCCCUACGCAGCCGUGUACUCCGAGGUUCUUUCUUCGCUCCUCGACGCCAACUUUGUAGAAUCGACCCUUGACCCCUACCCGUCCGCACUGUACAUUCGUGGCCCACUUCUGUACUUCUCUAUUCCAAGUCUCUAUCUCGAGCGUUAUGUUUCAGUCCAAGAAUGUUAUUUUUAUAAAUAUAUAUAUAUAUAUGAUGAUGAUGAAGAUAUAUAUAAAUAUACGUAUACAUAUAUAAAUAUUGAUAUGCGUACGGUGAGCGCGUGCGGUGGACACGACACGGGUUUAACGUACGUGCGAGCCGCUGCGGCGAGAGAGAAUGAGAGAGAAAGCAUAAGGGACGCGCGCCGCGACACGUUGCGCGCGUGUCAGCGAUUUCCCGAACGAUACACGGAAAGAGCGAAACUUAGUCACUGUUUUUUACUAUUUUUUAACAAAGCAUGAGAGAGGAGGAAGAGAUGAGGAAAGAAAAUAUGAGAAUGAGAGUAUAUAUAUAUAUAUAUAUAUAUAUAUAUGCGUACGUCUAUCUCCUAAUCGCGUCUAAUCCAACUCGUAAUCAGGUUAAGGAAACCCGCGCGCUAUUUAUUUUUUUAGCACUCGUAAGCGUUUCUAAGGUAUAGCAUAGAGAUAUAAAUGAAUAUAUAUAUAUGAAAAUAAAUAAAUAUAAAUAAAAUAGGAGGACAAAAAAGUAAAUAUACGCAGUUUUAGGGAAAAGCGAGAGAGAGGAGCGUAAAAGUGGAAUAUUGUGAUUAAUCGAGUGCGCGCGGGAGCGCUCAGUCUCUGUCUGUAUCUCUAUCUAUCUCUCUCUCUCUCUCUCUCUCUCUGAUGAUCUGCAUGGCCAAGCCAUCUGAGAAGCCGAAUGCCUUUUGUGUCGCGCAGCAGCAAGCCACCUUUGCCGUCAGAUGUGCACGCGCGCGCGGAUCCCAAGUCUUUCAGUUCGUGUCAGCGUUGUUGUCGCAUACAAAACGACCAAUUCUUCUACUUCUUGCUUCGGAGUUUCCCUAGCGGCGGAAAGAAGGAAUAAAAAACCAGAGCAUUUCUCAGAAGGCAUCGUCAAUGCUGCAUACGUUUCUUUUCCUCGAUCCAAUCAGCUAUACAGGCGUGACUCCCGGCCCGGACGACUAUCCGCGCCGGGAGGGCUCGCCGGGAAAGCCAGUUUUUUAAUACGAUAAAUAGGCGUAAUUGCAUUAAAUAGUAAACAGCUGUGUUAGGUGUGUAAAUGUUCCCUCGUGUCACCGCACUAAC